CGGAGGCAAAACAUUGAAGUUGUUCAAGUAGUGAAACCAUUAUGGAACCCAAAUACAAGAAGAGUAAGGAAUAUUUUGGAAAUUUGGAUUUCGAUAGUGAUUGGAUAGACAAUGCCAGGUCUGAAUUCAAAGACGGUACAGAAUAUCUAGAAUGGUUGGAUCAACAACUUCCAUAUUUAGAGCGAUUUGAAUCCAGUGAUGCGGUUCAUUACUACUAUUUUCGGAGCUGGAGUAGACAGAGAUAUUUUCCCGAUAUGGAACCUUUACUUGAAAAAGAAUUUGAAGAGGACGAAGAUGUUAGUUUGACAGAUGACUACGUUGAUGGCACAGUCAAAAAAACUGAAAAGGUUCGGGAAAAUGGAACAAAGCCAGAAUUCAAAGACGGGAGACAACUCGUGGAAUGGCUCGAAAGAAAACUGCCAUAUCUGGAGCCAUUUGCCCCUGAAGAUGCAUUGCAUUACUACUUCAACAGGCAAUGGAGUCGGCAGAAAUUUGAACUUAAACUCGAUAUUUUAGUUGAGGAAGACAUGGAGAACAAGAAAGAAACUGCUGCCCAGUGCAAUCAGGGGGAUGGCGUAGGCUUUGAGGACAAAGAUGAUAGAAAUCCUUAUAUCAAAUUGAUGGCGAGCCCUUUAGUUCUGGAAGGAUUCAAUUUUAGGAAAUCUGAGCCACAUGGAAAUGGCGCCAAAAGGAAUACUACCAGGGAAAAGGAUACCUUUAUGAUGCAGUUUAGUACUGGAGGCGAUUCUCUGUUUGGUGAUAAAAUGUUGAGCAGUAUCAAAAUAGCAAAAAUACAAUCUAGGCUCCACCCACUUCUUCAGAAGAAUAAGAAGGGAAAGAGAGAUAAUUUCACAGAUGAGAAGAAAGGAAAGAAGAAAAGGACAAACAAGACAUUUUCAUUUAUUCUCCGUGUGUUUGGCUGA